GGACGGGUUGUUGUGAUCACAGAAGAAGGACUUCUGAGAAGAGAGAUGGUGUUCUAGGUGGAUAGCCUCGUUUGGAAAACUGUUGUCGCAGUGUAAUAAUACAAACAGAAAGUCAAGCUAACUUUCAGCACAGCCUGACAAAACACACCUCCAUCUACGCUCAACUGGUUAAUCUUAUGUGCUAACGCAAUUUACAUCUCACUCAGCACAGCUUUCUUUUGCCAUCCACCCUCCUCUUCAUCCGAUCUUCAGAGCAUCAAUAAUUCUCAUCAUGACCACCCAGCCCUCCCAACACCAGCAGCGUGAAGAGGCCUACAUCUCCCUGAUGAGAGGCUUGAAAGAGCUGGACCUCUGUGGUCCCUGUGUUCCCAGCAAUCUGGUUCUGAUUGGAGACGAUGCCUUUCCUUUAGUAAUGAACAGCCAAGGCCAGAUCCUGAUGGCUGCCUCUCUGUACGGCAGUGGAAGGAUUGUGGUCUUGGGUCAUGAGGGUUACCUGACAACCUUUCCUGUUCUGGUAGAGAAUGCUCUGACCUGGCUGCGAGGAGAUACAUCUAAAAACUUGUCUGUGGGGGUCCACAAGAAUGUCAGGGGAGUUGCUGAUAAUCUCAGCAGAUCCAGCUUCCAAGCCAAAAUUGUGGAGGCCUUUAGUGACAAUCUAGAGGUUGGCGUGUAUGUGACAGAUGCCUACAGCGUGGAUGCAGACGUAAAGCAGCUGGUGGCGUUUCUGAAAGCUGGAGGAGGAGUGCUGAUAGCCGGACAGGCGUGGAGCUGGGCUGCAGAUCAUCCUAAGGAGAACAAGCUGCUUGAGUUUGUAGGGAAUAAGGUGUCCAGCGUGGCAGGGAUCUACUUCUCUGAGCAUCAGGGUGACGUAGAGUGCCUUCCUGUCUGCCCUCAGAUCCCAUCCUCCUGCAUGGCUUUAGGAAUUGGUAAGGAUUUUAAGGAUGACUUGGAGUUCUUACUCCAGGGGAUAUCCGAGUUUGACCUUCAGAAUGGGGUAGUAGCUUCUGAGGUUCUGGCUCAUGGGCCUCUAGCGUUCCCCAUCGGUACCACCGAGGAUGGGCGAGCAUUCCUGGCAGGAGCCUACUAUGGGAAGGGACGGAUUGUUGUGAUCACUCAUGAAGGACUUCUGAAAAGAGAGACGCUGGCUCCAUUUUGGAACAAUGCCCUUCAUUGGUUGGAUCAAGGCAGGAAUGGGGUUGUUGGUGUGGUGCCAGGUCUUAACCAAGCCUUCAACCUCUUCAGCAAGUCAGAGUUUAAUUGUGAGAGGACAAAUGUCAGGAAAGACCUGAGUGUAUUUGUGUGUACAGCAUACAGCGACAAUUAUGUGGAGGGGAUCCAAGAGUUUGUUGCAGAGGGAGGAGGCCUCCUGAUUGGUGGACAUGCUUGGUAUUGGGCUCAGACACACAAAGGACAAAACCCAAUGACAGAAUUCUCAGGAAACAAGAUCCUGAACAAAAUGGGCUUGAGCCUGCUAGAGAAUUACAUCACUGACGGUUCCUACAAGGCCCCUGUGCCAAGCCAGGCCAUCAAAGACACCUACUACUUCCGCCACCUUCUACGCAGCUUUGCUGGUCAUGUAACCCAGGGAGAGGAACUUACCGAGAAUCAGGAGGAAUGCCUUAAAAAACUGGGCAAGGACUGUGCCAAAUACUUGCGCAUGAAGGCUCAUGACUGCUCCUCCUAUACACAGAUGGUGUCCAACCUCACUGACACGUUAAAGAAGUCGGGCAUGCCACAGGUAUGUGACAGCCGUCCUGUGAAGAGUCCCAAAGACCACCUGCUUCUCAGCAUGGGGACAGAUGUAUAUAAGGUUUGCCCAGAUCCUGAUGAUCUCCUGCCUUACCUCAUCAAGCAUAACCCCAUGAUGCCAGUUGUCAAUAACCAGAAGAUCACGAUUAAUGCUAACACAGCAGGAGGAGAGGAGUGGAUCAGUACUGGUCUCUACCUCUCUCCUGGUAUGAGGACCUCCAUAACUGUACCGGCAGAGAUUGUCAACAAGGAAUGGAAGAUCCAGAUAGGCUGUCAAACAGACUAUCUCAAUGCUGCAGAGUUGAAGAGAGCGCCCUGUGUUCAUGAACGAUUUCCUGUUACCACAGAGAAGAUGCAGGUGUGGAACCUGUGGGGGGGACUCAUCUACCUGGUGGCUCCACCCAACACACAGGUGGAGGGGGUAGAGGUCACAGUGCAGACAGCUGUACGUGCACCAUAUUAUAAAUCUGGUGUGACAACAAAAGCUGAUUGGUCGUUGCUGCGUGCAGCUCCCUCACCCUGGGCAGAGCUGGAGUUUGAGAACAUCAUCCUUACUGUACCAUCAGAUGUUGUUCGGGAUCUGGAUUACCCCGACAAGUUGGCAGCACACUGGGAUGCCAUCAUGAGAGGCGUUGCUGACCUGGCUGCUAUCCCACACAAAUUUCCCCGCAAAGAGAGAUUUGUAACUGAUGUACAGAUUUCUCAUGGUUGGAUGCAUGCAGGUUAUCCCAUCAUGGCACAAACACCCACAGCAGCUCAUGUGGUCAGCAUUGACCAUGCUAGGACUAAAGGCAUGUGGGGCCCCAUCCAUGAGCUUGGACACAACCAACAGAGAGGCUGCUGGGAGUUCCCAUCUCACACCACAGAGUGUACAUGCAACCUCUGGUCAGUGUAUGUGCAUGAAGAGGUGCUGGGGAUCAACAGGGCAAAGGCUCAUCCAAAUAUGACUUCAGAAAAGCGAAACCAUCGAGCAGAGGAGUAUGCUAAGGGGGGCAAGAAACUCAGCAGCUGGCACAUGUGGGUCGCCCUGGAGACAUAUAUGCAGCUCCAGGAAAAGUUUGGCUGGGAUGCCUUUAAGAAGGUGUUUGCUGCCUACCACAAGAUGAGCAACUUUCCCAAAGACAACAAAGGAAAGAUGAACCUGUAUGCUGAGACUUUCUCCCAGACUGUGGAGAUGAACCUGUCUGGAUUCUUUAAAGCCUGGGGCUGGCCCAUAGAAACAGCCACUGAGGAGAAACUCUCCAACCUGCCUCCCUGGAGUGACCACCCCAUGAUCCAGUAUGGCUGAACUGUAGACUGCUGCAGAUUCAAGUGCAGAGAGAGGGGUUUAAUGAUUUAGUGUAUUAAAUGUAUUCAGUUGAUUAACAUUGUUUUCUUUUUGUUGUUGUUGUUGUCUCUUAUCAAAUAUCGCAUGUUUAAUGCAAUACAAGAAACACUACUUGACCAGUUAUAUAUCUACAGCCUUUAAACUCAGUAGCUCCAUUUGAAAAUAAUUCAUCACUCUACCAAUGAUUAUGAUCAUCUUAGAUCAAUUAUUCAACAUGACACUGCUGUACUCAAUUUGCAAACAGAAUGUGCAUGUAAGACCAAAUCUACAGAAUCAAACAAUUUUUUAUCAGACUACACUUCACUUUGAAUAUCAGUGUGAAAAACUGACAGUUUUAUUUGUUAAUGCAGCAUUAAUAC